AAAAUAGAGAGAGAGAGAGAGAGAAAGAAAGAGCAAGAAAAACUCACCACACAAUCCCCCAAACCCAUUCGUGAAUCAAUCGCUCACAUUCUCUCUCUCUCACUCACACUCAAAAAUUUCAAAAGGCAUCUGACAAAUACGUUCAACCCCUUUAAAAACCUGAAUUUAUUAUUCUCUCUCUCUCUCUUUUAACAAUUAUUAUUUCGAAAAAACAAAAACAAAAGAAAAGAAAAGUGGAAAAAAAUGGGUGCGAUUAGAGAGAGAAAGACUGUUCGUUCGUUUGUUCGUAGUCGUCGUUAUUGUUCCUCUUUAAAUCAUAAAAUCCCAAAAUCCCAACUCUUCUUUUUCAUCAUUUUCUUAUUUUUCUUCUUUCUUCCUUCUUUUUUCUCUUGUGUUUCUUUUACUGCUACUACUAUUAUAUUUAUUGUUAUUGCUGUGUUUUGGGGUUCCCCAAAUCUCACCGCACAUCUCAAUCGCGCUCUUCGGUUCUUGAUCUUAAUCUCUUUGGGGAGAGAGGGAGAGAAGCCGCAGCAUGCUCUGAAUCUGUGUUCGCUUUUUCCUGCUUCUAGGCGGAGAAAGUCCGUUUCUAGAGCGAGAAAGUGGAAUUUCGCUUUCCUCUAGCACUGAGGGAGAUUUUGUUGUUUUUAGGGUUUUUUUUGUUUGUUUGUUUGUUUGUAUGGUGGUGAGCUUGAUCUUCGGCAAUGGAGGCUGCUGGUUCGGAGGGAGAGAAGAAGAAGCCGCCGGAGGGGGAGAACAAGACGAAGCGGAAAAUGAAGACCGCUUCGCAGUUGGAGAUUCUGGAGAAGACCUAUGCCGAGGAGGCCUACCCGUCGGAGGCAUUGCGGGCUGAGCUGUCGGUGAAAUUAGGGCUCUCGGAUCGGCAAUUGCAGAUGUGGUUCUGUCAUAGGCGGUUGAAGGACCGGAAGGGGCCACCGGGGAAGAGGCAGCCGAAGGACUCCCCAGUUGGAGAGGAAAUGGUGGUGGGAGAUGUGGGAAGUGAGCGUGCAUUGGGGUCGGGUUCGGCAUUAAGUCCGUUUGUGGAGUCGCGGCGAGUUGUUGGCCGGCCCGGGGUUGCGGUUGCAAGGAUUGGAAGUGAUGUGGCGGCAAUGAGUAGGUACUAUGAGCCACAACAAUCGUUAGCAGAGCUUCGAGCGAUUAAUUUUGUGGAGGCACAGUUGGGGGAGCCCCUGAGGGAGGAUGGGCCCAUUCUUGGAAUGGAGUUUGAUCCCUUGCCACCGGAUGCAUUUGGCGCGCCAAUAGGAGUGGUGACAGUGGGGCAGCAGAAGCAGUCUGGACGGCCGUUUGAACCAGAGCUAUAUGAGCGACCCGAUGCUAAAUCAAUCAAGGGUGCUGGCAGGGCUCUCCAUGAAUACCAGUUUCUUCCUGAGCAGCCAACUGUUAGAACUGAUGCAUACGAGAGAGUUGGCCCAUCUUACCACUAUGGUUCACCUGCUGACGGCCCAAAUUCGAGGACUUCAUCAUUAUCAUCUGGGCGCUCAUUCAUGCAUGGGAAUGAACAAGUACCUUCUGGAUAUGGUUUUCAAGGUCAGGUGCCUGGUCUAAAUCUUUUGCCUCAACAAGGCAUGCAGGGUCACCUCUUGCCCUCUGUUUCGGUAGAGAAUGACACUGUUGCACGAAAGAACACCUUUGCAAACAUUAGAGAUGCUCAUUUUGGUGCUCACCCAAUAACUCGAAUGGAAAAUCCAUUCAUAUCAUCUGACAGGAGGGUCACCCUGGAUGAGGAUGUUUCGCGGAUGGAGAGGAAGCGGAAGAGUGAGGAAGCUAGAAUAGCACGGGAAGUUGAAGCCCAUGAGAAAAGGAUUCGGAAAGAGCUUGAAAAGCAAGAUAUUUUGAGGCGAAAGAGAGAAGAGCAAAUGAGGAAAGAGAUGGAGAGGCAUGAUCGUGAAAGGCGGAAGGAAGAAGAAAGGCUGUUGCGAGAAAAGCAGCGAGAGGAGGAAAGGUACCAAAGGGAGCAAAGGCGUGAACUGGAGCGGAGGGAAAAGUUUUUGCAGAAGGAGUCAGUAAGAGCUGAGAAGUUAAGACAAAAAGAAGAACUUCGCCGGGAAAAGGAGGCAGCAAGGCUUAAAGCUGCUAAUGAGAGAGCUAUAGCUCGUAGAAUUGCAAAAGAAUCAAUGGAACUCAUUGAGGAUGAACGCCUGGAACUCAUGGAGUUAGCCACCUCCUGCAAGGGGUUGCCUUCAAUAGUCUCUCUUGACUAUGAAACUUUGCAAAAUCUUGAGUUAUAUAGAGAUAUGCGGACUGUUUUCCCACCCAAACCCGUGCAAUUGAAAAGGCCUUUUACUGUACAACCUUGGAGUGACUCGGAGGAAAAUGUAGGGAAUCUUCUCAUGGUUUGGAGGUUCUUAAUUACUUUUGCUGACGUUCUUGGACUUUGGCCAUUUACUUUGGAUGAGUUCAUCCAAGCUUUUCAUGACUAUGAUCCAAGGUUGUUGGGUGAGAUACAUGUUGCUCUUCUGAGAUCUAUCAUAAAAGAUAUUGAAGAUGUUGCAAGGACACCCUGUACCGGGCUGGGAGCAAUUCAAAAUAGUGCUGCUAACCCUGGAGGUGGGCAUCCGCAGAUUGUUGAAGGGGCGUAUGCUUGGGGUUUUGAUAUACGUAACUGGCAGCACCACUUAAAUCCCUUGACAUGGCCGGAAAUUUUGCGGCAAUUUGCUCUAUCAGCAGGUUUCGGGCCACAACUGAAGAGAAGGAAUAUUGAACAAACUUAUCAUCGUGAUGACAAUGAGGGUAAUGAUGGUGAAGAUGUAAUUUCUAAUUUGCGCAAUGGAGCAGCUGUUGAAAAUGCUGUUGCUAUAAUGCAAGAAAGGGGUUUUUCUAAUCCACGCAGAUCUAGGCAUCGUUUGACACCUGGAACUGUCAAAUUUGCAGCAUUUCAUGUUCUUUCUCUUGAGGGAAGUAUGGGCCUUACCAUAUUAGAGGUUGCAGAAAAGAUUCAGAUAUCUGGGCUUCGGGAUCUCACGACAAGCAAGACACCUGAAGCUUCUAUUGCUGCUGCCUUAUCUAGGGAUUCAAAACUUUUUGAGAGGACAGCUCCUUCAACAUAUUGUGUACGUCCUCCCUAUAGGAAGGACCCGGCUGAUGCUGAGGCAAUACUUUCUGCAGCCAGGGAAAGAAUCCGGAUAUUUAAAAGCGGGAUUGUGGAUGGAGAAGAUGCUGAUGAUGCUGAAAGAGAUGGAGAUUCUGAAAGUGAUGUAGGAGAGGAUCCUGAGGUUGAUGAUUUAGGUGCUGAAAUAAAUCCAAAUAAAGAGGACCACAAUUCCAAAGAAGCUACCAAAUUCAGUGCAACUCCUGUUGGAAAUGGGAAGGGGAGUGAUGAUGUUAUGGAAACUCCACAAGUCGGUCUUGGGAAUGUUGAUGAAGGUUUGUCUCCAAUGCAAUCUAGAGGGUUAAAUGAGGAUAAAGAUACUGGUUCUUUUAUUGCACAGUCUAUUGAUGUCUCUGGAAUCGGCAAUAAUAUGGCCAUUGUUAAUCAAGAAGAUAAAGAUAUUGAUGAAAGCAAUCCCGGCGAACCUUGGGUUCAGGGACUUAUGGAAGGCGAGUACUCUGAUCUCAGUGUUGAGGAGCGCCUAAAUGCACUUGUUGCUUUAAUUGAUGUGGCAAUUGAAGGAAACUCAAUACGCAUUGUCCUUGAGGAACGUUUAGAAGCAGCAAAUGCUCUAAAAAAGCAAAUGUGGGCAGAAGCACAACUUGAUAAACGCCGUAUGAAAGAAGAGUUUGUGAUGAAGAUGCAUCUUUCUCCAUUUACGGGGAACAAGACGGAACCUAACCUUACAAUUUCCUUGGCAGAGGGUAGGCAAAGUCCAUUUCCUACUAUUAAUGACAAAAACAAUGAGAUGUCUGUGGCCCCUGCUGUCCAGCAAGAACAGUUAAAUGAUGUACAGAAUGACCAAAAUUACCUUAGCAGUUUACCCUCUGAAGAGAACCUGCAAAUGCAGGAUUACUCUGCUGGUAUAGAGAAUCUUCCAUAUCAGCAAGCGGCGUAUGUCGCUGAAAGAUCACGCUCGCAGCUAAAAUCUUACAUUGGUCAAAAGGCGGAAGAGAUGUGUGUGUAUAGAUCACUGCCUCUUGGUCAGGAUCGUAGCCGUAAUCGAUAUUGGCAGUUCAUUACAUCUGCUUCUCGAAAUGAUCCUGGCUGUGGCAGGAUCUUUGUUGAGUUGCAUGAUGGACGUUGGAGGCUUAUUGAUUCUGAAGAGGGUUUUGAUGCUCUGUUGUCAUCUUUAGAUGUACGUGGGGUUAGAGAAUCUCAUUUGCACACGAUGUUGCAAAAGAUCGAGAUGUCCUUCAAGGAAUCUGUUAGGAGGAAUAUGCAUUAUGCUAACAUGAGGAGACAUAGUGGAGACUCUGUCACAACAGAAGCCAUUGAAAUGCCUCCUGGCCCUGAUGGCAGCAUAGGUACUGAUAGCCCUAGAAGUACUGUGUGUAUCUCUGAUUCUGAUAUGUCAGAGACCUCAACAUCUUUUGCAAUUGAGCUUGGAAGAAAUGAAGGUGAAAAAAAUGAUGCAUUCAAGAGAUAUCAGGAUUUUGAAAAAUGGAUGUGGAAAGAAUGCUUUAAUUCCUCAGUAUUAUGUGCAAUGAAGUAUGGGAAAAAAAGGUGUACACAGUUGCUGGGUACAUGUGAUUACUGUCAUGAUAUUUAUUCUUUUGAAGACAACCACUGUCCUUCCUGUCAUAAGACAUACAGUUCAUCUGGUAGCAGCUUAAAUUUUUCUGAACAUGUGUCUCAAUGUGAAGAGAAACCGAAGUUGGACCCUCAUUGUACUUGGUGUGGUUCACUCUCAGCUCCUGUCCAGAUACGAUUACUUAAGUUGCUGUUAGCUUUGGUUGAGGUUUCUCUUCCACCAGAAGCUCUUCAACCUGUUUGGACCGACAGUCAUCGAGAAUCAUGGGGCAUGAAAUUGCACUCUUCAUCAUUGGCCGAAGACCUUCUUCAGAUUAUGACAUCAUUGGAAGGUGCCUUAAAGAGGGACUAUUUGUCUUCAAACUUUGAGAGCACCAGUGAGCUGUUGGAUUACUCUAACCCUUCAGGAUGUGCUACAGAUAACUCUUUUGGUCCUAAAACAGUUCCUCCACUUCCAUGGAUACCGCAUACAACUGCUGCUGUGGCUCUAAGGUUCAUGGAAUUCGACUCGUCAAUCUCAUAUAUGCUGCAGCAGAAGGUGGACUCUCAGAAGGACAAGGGUCCUUGGGUUAUAAAGCUUCCAUCAAAAUAUGCUAUUGGCAAGAAUUCGAAAGAUGAUGGUACAGCUCAUGCACCAUACAAAGAUUACCAUCUUAAGGAAGAGAACUGGGUUGAUUCAACUAUUGGACUUGCUAGCUCUGGUCGUGGACGAGGGGGCCGUGGAAGGGGCCGUGGUCGUACUCGUGGUGGAAGAUCAGAAAGAAGGGUCAUUCGAUCCAAAGCUGAAUCUCGCAAAAGAGGUGCAACCACUAACAGUGACAGAUUUGGGCAGAUACUGGGAUGGAAAGGGCGACAACGUGGACGAGGAGGGCGUGGACGAGGUCGUCGGAGCAUUAGAAGCAGGCAGAGAUCUGCAAAGCUGGUUAUGGCUGAUAGAGAAAGAGAGAGCGCCAAAGAGAUAAUCCUUGAGAAAUCGCCAAGUGAAUUGGUGAGGGAAGAGUGGAGUGGGGAUGAAAACGUGCGGUUGCAAGUUGAGGAUGCUGAAAAUACUAGCAGUUCGGAUAGAUCGGAUUAUGAUGAUGAAAAUGGUGUGGCAACAGGAGAUGAAUAUGAUGAUAAUGUGAUGGAUGACUAUGCCCCUCCCUAUAACGGCAGGCCUGAUGACUUGCUGCAGAGUAGCUAUUAUAACGUAGAUGUAGAAGAAGAAGAAGAAGAAGAAGAAGAUGAUGAUGAUGAUGAUGAUGAUGGUGAUGAUGGUGAUGAUGGUGAUGACAAUGAAAAUGAAGGAGAUGCGGAAGAUGAGCAAGGGAAUGUUGAUAUGGAGGAGUAUAUAAAUGGAGACUCAGAUGAGGGAAACGGGUAUGGCGACGGAGAGCAGAACGUUGACCAAGAUGAAGCUGCAGGAUAUACAUCCUCAGAUUACAGCGACUGAAGAAAUCACGACCGACAUUCUUAUUGUAUAAGAGACGUUUCAUCAUUGUUUAGCCUUCUUCUUUUUCUUUUUUCUUUUUUUUUUUUUUUUUCUUUUUUUUUUUUUUCUUUAUUCUUUUUCCUUUUUUCUUUUCUGUAAAUGAUGCAGAAGAUGUAAUCCAUCACUUUCUAUAUAGGUGCAAAGCACAUUUACUGAAAUUAAAUAUGAAUGGAUAUCUCUGCAAUGAGCUCUA